AUGCCCAUGCUCAAGGAACCGUGGAAGAAGUACAAGCCCUUCCCUCCUCUCAACCUUCCCGACCGCCAAUGGCCCUCCAAGACCAUCACAAAAGCCCCGCGAUGGCUCUCGACCGAUUUGCGCGAUGGAAACCAGAGCUUGGUUGACCCAAUGGCACGUCUUCUACCUCCCCACGGAUUGCCCCCUACCGUGCUCUCCCGCGUGCAGAACGGCGAUGAGAAGUGGCGCUACUUCAAGAUGCUGUGCGACCUGGGCUAUAAGGAGAUCGAGGUCUCCUUCCCAUCGGCCUCGCAAACCGACUUCGACUUCACCCGCCGCCUCAUCGAGACCCCCGGCGCCGUCCCCGACGACGUAUACCUCCAGGUCCUCUCUCCCUGCCGCGAGGACCUCAUUAAGCGCACAGUAGAGUCCCUCAAGGGCGCCAAGAACGCCAUCGUCCACAUCUACCUCGCCACGAGCGAGUGCUUCCGGAGGAUCGUCUUCGGCUUCACCGAGGACGAGAGCGUCGAGCUGGCCGUCAAGUGCGCCAAGCUGGUACGCUCCCUGACCAAGGACGACCCCUCCCAGUCCGGGACCAACUGGCAGUUCGAGUUCAGCCCCGAGACCUUCUCCGACACCUCCCCCGAGUUCGUCAUCCGCAUCUGCGAGGCCGUCAAGGCCGCCUGGGAGCCCACCACUGAGGUGCCCAUCAUCUUCAACCUGCCUGCCACCGUCGAGAUGGCCACCCCCAACGUCUACGCCGACCAGAUCGAGUACUUCUGCAGGAACAUCACCGAGCGCGAAAAGAUCGCCGUCUCCCUCCAUCCCCACAACGACAGGGGCUGCGCCGUCGCCGCCGCCGAGCUGGCCCAGAUGGCCGGCGCCGACCGCGUCGAGGGUUGCCUCUUCGGCAACGGCGAGCGCACCGGCAACGUCGACCUCGUCACCCUUGGCCUGAACCUCUACACCCAGGGCGUCUACCCCAACGUCGACUUUUCCGACCUGAACCGCGUCAUCGACAUGGUCGAGGUCUGCAACAAGAUCCCCGUCCACCCCCGCGCCCCCUACGGCGGCUCUCUCGUCGUCUGCGCCUUCUCCGGCUCCCACCAGGACGCCAUCAAGAAGGGCUUCCAGGUCCGCGAGCAGACGGUCAAGUCCAACGACGAGCAUUGGCAGCUCCCCUACCUGCCCCUCGACCCCACCGACAUCGGCCGCACCUACGAGGCCAUCAUCCGCGUCAACUCCCAGAGCGGCAAGGGCGGUGCAGCCUGGAUCAUCCUUCGCAAGCUCCAGCUCGACCUCCCCCGCGGCCUGCAGGUUGCCUUCUCCAAGGUCGUGCAGGACAAGGCCGACCAGCUCGGCCGCGAGCUCCUCUCGGACGAAAUCACUGAGCUCUUCGAGUCGACAUACUACCUCCGCGACAACCCACGCUUCACCCUCGUCGACUACAGCAUCGCCCCGGACCGCUCGCGGUCCCCCGCGCCGCCUCAGCCCGGCAAGACCCAGGACACCAAGAACCUUCAGCGUGUGUUCGAAGGCGUCGUCGCCAUCGACGGCAAGGAGUACAGGCUACGCGGUCACGGCAACGGUCCCAUCUCAAGCUUGGCCAACGCCCUCAAGAGCGUCGGCGUUACCCUCGACGUCGAGGACUACAAGGAGCACGCCAUCGGCGCCGGCCGCGACGUCAAGGCCGCCACCUACAUCGAGUGCACAGCCACGGGCACCAAGCAGAGGUACUGGGGUAUCGGCAUCCACGAGGACGUGGUGCAGAGUUCCCUCAUUGCCCUGCUGAGCGCCGCCAGCAACUUCAUCGGCAGCCGCCCCGGGAGCCCCGUCUUCCACAAGCCCGUGCCCACACGGCCCAUGAGCCAAGAGCUGAACCUCGAGUCGGCGAACGGAACAAACGGAACAAACGGCGCGCCCCACGAGGCACCGGGCUUGGUAUCGGUCCUCGAAGACAAGGCGAACGGCAUGUAA